AAAGAAUUCCUUCUACACUAGUCUCAUUUGUCUUCGUUUUUUUCUCCUCUUUCCUUGUUUUUUUUUUUUUUUUUGUUUCUUUCUUGAACUCAGACAAGCACAAAGAUCGAAUUUUUUUAUAUAUUACACUACGUGUUUGGCUUUAAAGUUUGUUCCUCUUCCCUAUCUCUCACUCCAAGAGAUCUGUUUUCUUUUUUGCUUUCUCUCUUCUCUUCCAGUGAGAGAGUGAGAUAAAAUGAAGAAACUUUUGUUGGUAGGGAUAAUUGUGGCAGGGCUGACUCUGGUAACUCAAGCAAACGAGUAUCUAGAUUUCAAUGUGACAGAAAUAGAUCGCAUUGAGGAAUUAGAGUUUGGAUUCUCCAAAUAUAGCUCCAAUUUGAACCCUUUAUUAGUUGGUCUCACCCUUAUCAGAGGAGCUGAUUCUGGAGCUGUUUGUUUGGAUGGAACAUUGCCUGGAUAUCACUUGCACCGUGGACAUGGAUCUGGAGCUAAUAGCUGGCUCAUUCAGUUGGAGGGAGGAGGAUGGUGCAACAACGUCAGGACCUGUGUAUACCGGAAGAAGACUCGACGUGGAUCCUCUAACUAUAUGGAGAAACAGCUUCAGUUUACAGGAAUAUUGAGUGAUAAAGCUCAAGAGAAUCCCGACUUCUUCAACUGGAAUAGAGUGAAGCUUCGUUACUGUGAUGGCGCUUCUUUCAGUGGAGAUGGUCAGAAUAAGGCUGCACAGCUUCAGUUUAGAGGAGAGCGUAUCUGGAGAGCCGCCAUAGAUGACUUGAAGGCGAAAGGAAUGAGAUAUGCCAACCAGGCACUUUUGUCUGGAUGCUCUGCUGGUGGUUUAGCAGCAAUUCUACGAUGCGAUGAGUUUAGGAACUUAUUCCCUAGAUCCACCAAAGUCAAGUGCUUAAGUGAUGCAGGCUUGUUCUUGGACACAGCUGAUGUUUCUGGUGGCCGCACAAUCAGGAACUUGUACAAUGGUGUAGUAGAAUUUCAGAGUGUAAAGAACAACCUGCCUCGUAUCUGCACAAACCAUCUCGAUCCAACCUCGUGUUUCUUCCCACAAAAUCUGAUAGGUCAGAUGAAAACUCCACUCUUUAUUGUCAACGCAGCAUAUGAUACAUGGCAGAUUCAAAGCAGUAUAGCUCCAACAUCAGCGGAUCCUAGUGGAUUUUGGCAUGACUGUAGACUAAACCAUGAAAAAUGUACCCCUGCACAAAUGCGCUUCUUGCAAGGAUUCAGGGAUCAGAUGCUGAGUGUAGUGAGGGGAUUCUCAAUGUCUAGACAGAAUGGAUUAUUCAUCAAUUCCUGUUUCGCUCACUGCCAAACCGAGAGGCAAGAUACUUGGUUCGCCGAUGAUUCUCCUGUCAUCAAGAAAAAGGCGGUAGCAAUAGCCGUGGGAGAUUGGUAUUUCGACAGAGCGGAAGUGAAGUUAGUUGAUUGCCCAUACCCUUGUGACAAGAGCUGUCACAACUUGGUGUUUAGAUGAUUGAUUGACUGCUGUUCUUUAUUCUUAUAUACCUUAGAAAAGAAGCUUCUUUCAAAUGGAGAGGCCUACAUGCAUUCUUGAUAUUACCAAUGCCUCAUUUGAUAAAUGUAUGAUUGAUUUUGCUGCUCUGGAAAACCAUUAAUAAAACCCAAAACAAAGUUUGCUCAUAAGAGUUUAAAUGUGAUC